AUGGAGGAACAUAUUCGCCAGAGUCUUUCCAAUCAUCCGCAUGCCUUCCAGAGCUUGCACCACACGAGUAGCUCGCCGUCCCAGCGCGACAGGAUGGCCCACUCCAACGAAGCUACCUCCACCGCACUAGAGCACGAACUCACUGUGCUGCAACACCACCGCAGCGGCAGUGCGAGCGACGAAGAAGGCCAACCCCCACCGCGCUACACCCCCGAAAACGAUCCUUUCCAGCUAGCCUCGAAGCUUAAGACCGAGGAGGAGAUCCGACAGAUCCGGGCGAAUACCUCGAGGAAGCGUGAUUCUGCCAAUGCCACCAAAGGCCGGAAGGUUGCCGCCCUGGUGACGGACACCGGUCGUCUCGGAAGACAGGCCUUCAUUACCAAGAAGCUGCAGGGCUUCUACGAGUCUCAGAAUGAGAAUAUCGAGCGCAUGCUGAAGCCCGUCGAGGAGCACCGCCGUGCCGCUCGCGAGUUGAACGUCGAUAACCGUCUCAAAUACCGCAUUGCCGUGUACGGCAGUUUCGCUGCCAAUGUGAUUCUCUCUGUUGUUCAGGUCUACGGUGCCGUUUCCUCCGGGUCGCUGUCUCUAUUCACAACCAUGGCCGAUGCCAUCUUCGAUCCUAUGUCCAACCUCACCCUCCUCCUCUGCAACAAGGCUGUCAACCGUGUCGAUCCGCGCAAGUUCCCCGCUGGAAAAGCCCGUAUCGAAACCGCCGGAAAUAUCUGUUUCUGCUUCCUCAUGACUGCCGUCUCAUUCAUUCUGAUUGCAUUCUCGAUCCGUGAACUGGCUGUUGGCUCCGAGAAUGAUACCCAGUCUUUCCAUCUUCCCUCCAUCAUCGCUGUUGCCGUUGCCUUUGCCACAAAACUUGCCUUGUUCCUGUACUGCUGGGCCUUGCGGAAUCAAGUCUCGCAGAUUCGCAUUCUGUGGGAGGACCACCGCAACGAUCUGUUCAUCAACGGCUUUGGUAUCUUGACCUCCGUUGGUGGCAGUAAGCUGCGCUGGUGGGUCGACCCAAUGGGCGCUAUCAUUCUGUCCACACUGGUCAGUGUUCUGUGGCUGCACUCUGCCUACGGCGAGUUCCAGCUGCUGGUUGGUGUCACCGCCGACACCAAGAUGCAGCAGCUCAUUACCUAUAUCUCAAUGACACACUCCCCCUUUAUUACCGCCAUCGACACUGUGCGCGCAUACACCUCCGGUCCCCGUCUUCUUGUCGAAGUCGACGUCGUCAUGGAAGCCAACGAGACCCUGCGCGCCACCCACGAUGUCGCCGAGGAACUCCAGAUCAAGCUUGAGUCCCUUCCCGACGUCGAGCGUGCUUAUGUUCACGUUGACUAUGAGACUACCCAUAAGCCUGAGCAUUUCCUGAAAAAGGAGCUUUGA